AUGAAUUUAAUUAAAAAAUUAGAAAAAAGAAAAGAUGAAGUGAAUGGCUGUUUGUGUAUUGGUUUAGAUCCUGAUGAAUAUGAUAUCAGAACAUUUAUGAAAAAUGAAAAAGAAAAUGGAUACAAAAAUGUCAAGAACAACUUAAGUCAGGAUGGAAUGAAAAUUAUUGAAAUAGGAAAGGAAAUUUUGUUGGAAUCCUGUGACAAUUUAAAAGAAAAAGAUGAAUUAUUUUACUUUUUUAACCAUUUUUGCUUUUAUAUAAUUAAUGUUACUAAAAAAUAUGCGCUAGCAUAUAAAAUGAAUUUUGCUUUUUAUGUUCCUUACGGUUCAAUAGGUAUAGAUGUUUUAAAAAAUGUUUUUGAUUAUUUAUAUUAUAUUAAUAUACCGACUAUUCUCGAUAUGAAAAUAAAUGAUAUUGGUAAUACAGUUAAGAAUUACAGAAAAUUCAUAUUUGAGUAUUUAAAAAGUGACGCAUGCACAGUUAAUAUGUAUAUGGGAACGGAUAUAUUAAAAGAUAUAUGCUUUGAUGAAGUAAAAAAACAAUAUUAUAGUGUUUUUGUUCUUAUUAAAACAACUAACCCAGGUUCUUCCAUUUUUCAAAAUAAGCUUUCUUUAUGUAAUAAGCAGUCAUAUAUGGUUAUGGCAGAAGAAGCACAUAAAAUUUCAAAAGAAUUAAAAAUGGAAGAAAAUAAUGAAUUUAUUGGUUUUGUUGUUGGAUCAAAUAGUUUUGAAGAAAUGAAUAUAAUCAGAAAACAAUUUCCUGAUUGUUAUAUUUUAUCACCAGGGAUAGGGGCGCAAAAUGGUGAUUUAUAUAAAACAUUAAUGAAUGGUUAUAAUAAAAGUUAUGAAAAGAUUUUGAUAAAUAUUGGAAGAGCCAUAACUAAAAAUCCUAACCCUCAGCAAGCUUCUGAAACAUACUAUAAUCAAAUUAGUCAAAUUUUAAAAGAUCUAGAAAAAUAA